AUGCCGUUCCUUGCGCUCCCCAAAAAUGAAUCGCUGCUUCGCUUCGAAGAUGGCCAAGUGACGUUGCAUUAUCUCAUCUCGACGCCCGCCCAUCCAACGUUUGUGUAUGCGCAGACACACGCGACGCAACUCGCCGCCUCGCUGCUGUCCGUCUCCCCCCGCAUUCCUCUUUCUUGCACCACCACCACCUCUAGUACGACGGCGUCUGCGCAAGAACCAGUGCAGCUGGACCCCCGAUACCCGCUCAUUCUCUUCCUGCCCUCGGAGUGCUUCAGCGUCGCGCAUCUGUUCUCGGCACAGCUGGCGGACGCGCGGCUGUCGGCGAGAUUCAAUCUGGUUGCAGUGGAUCCGCGCGGGCACGGACUGACUCAGGAUGUGCCCAUCGCGCAGUGCGGCGCCGGGAGAAAGUACGACCUCGACAUCAAGGCGGCCGACUGUCUCGAUUUCACCCGCUUGCUCCUGCGCGGCGAGAAGACAUGGGGGGCCGGGAUGCACCUCGUGGCAUGCAGCAUGUCCGGGCUAGUCGCGGCACGGAUGGCGGCGAGCUGGCCCGACUCGUUCGCGAGCAUCAUGAUAUCCAGUCCCAUCCUGGAGCGCGAGAGCGAUUUCAUGGUCGAGAGCUUCCAGGGUAUCAAAGAGCUGCUAGAGGAGGCCUGGCACACCCUACACGACGCACCCUCCCGCACCUUCGAAGGUCAGACUCAAUCCGCGAUGCUGGAGAGACGAAGCUAUGGCUCGAACUCGAUGACACCGAAUCGCGCAAAGCUGCCUGGGGAAGUGGUGCAAGGCUUCACGUUCCGCUGGGCGGGCCGCGAGACCAUCCCGCCCCACAUUUCGUCUUACCUCUCGCGCACAUGGCUCGAGCGUCUCAUCCUGCACCACCAGGGUCUCCAAGCCGCGCGCGAUUGGUGGUUCGACCUCUACUGGCUACGUCAGCCCAUGCCCCCCUCCGCACUCGCUGCGAUCACGUGCGCCCUGUUGGUUGUCGAGGGCGACACGGAUCUUCCGUACGACCGCAACGUCGGCGACGAGAUCGCCCAAUUGUUCCCACAUGCGCGCUCGAGGAGGGUAAUCACAGUAGAGGGGGCGCCAUUCCUGCUGAGCGUGACGCGGCCGGAUGAGCUGACGCGGGUGAUGUGCGAGUUUUUGAAAGUGGGCGAGAUGCCGGCGCGGGAGAAGCAGGCGGUGGGGGAUGCAGCGGGUUUGACGAGAAAGGUGAAGGAGAGGAUGGUGCUGCGUCUGGAUCCGGAGGAGAUGUUUGAAUUGGUGAAGGUGUAUGCGCCGGGCCUAGUCGCCGAAUCCGACGAUGAGGACGACGAUGACGAUGACGAUGAGGGCUCAGAGUUACAGAAGGAGGAGGAGGAGGAGGACAAGGAGGAGGACAGAGUGGAUAUAGGUGGCGACAGUUUCCCAAUGCAUUACCGACUGAAGCUGGACUAUGACACCUCCUCUACCGCUGCCUCCGACACCACGACGAUAACAGCACGCGGGUUUCCGACCACACGCCCCAAGAGGUCAGGAUCGUCGUCGUCGUAG